UGACGUUCGAGUUUGCGUUGGUUAGGACCUUACAGUGAAACUCUGUGACUCAUUCAUUCAUUCUCAAUUCAGUACGCCCGUGCGGUCUGAGAGUGUCGCAGACAACCGUAGGAAAUUGAAUCCCUGUCAUCCAUUUCCUCGUAAGCUGUAAGAGAAGAACCACAUUCAAGAUGAAGGCUAAAAUGGCAUUUCAACAUCAAGCGGGGACGGCCAUGGAGUGUCUAAGUAUUCCUAUAACACUUCACAAGGAAACUGUGAUGGAUGACAUGGGCCGAGAAGUGCUCAAGUGUGGAUUUAAAAUUGGCGGUGGCAUUGAUCAAGAUUUCCGCAAAAGUCCCCAAGGCUAUACAGACAAUGGUAUUUAUGUGACAGAGGUUCAUGAUGGCAGCCCUGCGGCCAAAGCUGGACUUCGUAUGCAUGACAAAAUAUUACAGUGUAAUGGAUAUGACUUUACGAUGGUGACCCACAAGAAAGCAGUUGACUACAUCAAGAAACACCCCAUACUAAAUUUGUUGGUUGCGCGGAAGGGGGUGACAUCAACAUAAAAGACCAACUGUGAAUUACUUAUUUUUUGUACCUGUUUAAGUAUUUUAUGCGUAGUCUUUCCAGAAAAAACUUUUCAAUCUAAUAUAUUUAGGCUUGCUAGAAGUUACUUAGUCUUGUAUUCCAAGAUCAGCAGUAUAUUAAUGUGUGAUGAAUUAGAAUUGUUAGCUUUUCUCAUGUAUUUCUUUUUGUAAUGGUGUCAAAAAUAGGGAGCAGGUACUUUGAUUCCUAAUAGAAAGACAAUUAUUUAAUGCUGUAUCUAUGCUCUUAAGAAUUUAGGUCACAUAUUAAAUUUGUAAUUUUUUUGUGUGGGCCACAAUUUAAAAACUUCUAAUUUCUCAUGCAAUCUGAAAUUUCUCUAUUCAAUCCUUAAGACCUAAAUGUCGAAAGUAUGAGUAUGGUAAUGAAAAAAUGCGAAGAUGCAAAUGUCUUGUUUUGGCCCACUUCGAAAUGAUAUUGAAACAUUUGAAAGUUCCAGAAUUAUGUAAUUAAAGUACUGUUGUAGAGAAUUUUAAUGUGAUAUGGAUUGGGUGUAGUGUAUGAUAUCCUGAUAUAUUCCUUGGAAGACAUAUAUUUUAUUUCCUAGGCAUUGUUUUCAAAUUUGUAAAUUUAGUUAAGGCGCUGAUUGUCAUAUUGAGAUUUAUUGCAAGAAGUUUUUCUAACAAAAUUGUGGGAGGCAUUUUGUUCUCAAGAAACUUUGUGUAUCCAAAUAAUAUUGCAUAGUAAAAUGGAGGUGAUUAUGUUGGAAACUGCUACUUAAUUCAAGUUGAAUUGUAUUCCUGAAGCAACCAAAGAUAUCAGUCCCAAAUAAACUGUCACUCGAUUGUACAAUUCCGUUGUAAUAUGACCCAUGUAUUCUUGCUGUUAAAUUACACAGUAUGUAAAGUGCUAUCUAGGUUUUAAGUUUGUGAUUUACUGGUUGAAUAUGUCUAUGAAGGUGAUUGCUCCAGUUAGUUGUAGCUAGAAUUAUGUGUGUGUGUGUGUGUGUGUGUCUAUAUUCCAAACAAAGAAGAAUGAUUUCCUCUUUAUCUCAGAUUUAUAAGAACUAAUUUCAGUCCGGUAAGUGCUUAUUUUUCAUUUUGGUGCCGUUGGUGUGUAUGUGUUUUGGGCUUCAACAUAACCUUAUAUAUUACACCAUAAUAUUUAUUAUUAUUCUAAACUUGAAGCUGUUAUAUGUGCCAAAUGCCUUACAACCUUCAGCUUCUGUUAGUGGCACUAAUGGGAUAGAUUUUUUUUAAGCUGUACUUUUUUAGUUGCUUGUAACAAGGAAGGGUUUUCCUCGUUACUUGCGCCUGCAAUCAGAUGGACUGUACUUUCUCAAAUUUCUUACAGUUAGUUGAAAAUACGUACUCAUUGGACUGACAUUCUGUACUUUAAGUAUCAAGAAAUACAAUGCUUUUAUUUUGUAGAUCAGAUUCGUGGAAACGAUCUGUAAGUAAUUUACCUUUAUUCUACAUUUUUCUAACUUGACUUUUAAGCACUCAGGUGUGUCUUCUGUGAAAGACAAUUGACAAUUUACUCGUUUCUUACUUUUAUAUGAAAUUGCUAUGCCCAUCAUAGUCAUUUGUUUAUGUUAAUGUUUGUGCAUUUAUCCUUAAUAUUUUUAUGUAUAUGUUAAUCCAAAUGCAGCAUUGUGAUUGUAAAGUGCAAAGAAACGGCAACUUUUUUUCUGCACUGCCACUUCUUAACAACUACACUAAGUUUUCCUGUGUCUUUCAUUUUGACAUUCAGGUCUGGUCAUGGAGAAUAAUGUGUACUGUAUCUUAUCAUGUAAUUACAUUGAAUUUUAUUUGGAACCAAAUUGAUAAAUAGAACUCUUGAAAAGCA